AUGGAGGGUGAUGUGGGAUUCCGCAAUAGGCAAAAAUACAAGGAACAUAGAAAGCUGCUGGAGAACAGUACAUUACCGGAACCAUCCUGUCAACUGUCUGCCAAUGAAUUUUCCUGCCAUUGCUGCUAUGAAAUAUUAGUAAACCCAACUACUCUAAACUGUGGACAUAGUUUCUGUCGACAUUGCUUGGCACUGUGGUGGGAUGCUUCCAGGAAAACAGAAUGUCCAGAAUGCAGAGAAAAAUGGGAGGGGUUUCCUAAAGUUAACAUUGUUUUAAGGGAUGCUGUUGAGAAGUUGUUCCCUGAUGAUGUUAAACGACGACAGAAGGAGACACAGAACGACAUAAAAAUCUCUAAUAGCAUUUUGGCUUUCCAGAAAUAUGGUAAUGAACAGUCAAGAACUAUCAACAACUCGGGGCAAUGGCGACGAGGAGGUGGCUUUUUCUCAGGAGUGCUAACUUCUCUAACUUGUGUGGCAGUGGUGUUUCUAGUUUAUCUCUGGAGCAGAGAAACUGAACAAGAUCUUUUAGUACACAAACCUGUGACUAAAUGGACUGCAAAGGAAGUGACACUCUGGUUAGAGCAGUUGGGCCAAUGGGCUACUGUUUACAAGGAAAGGUUUUUACAGGAAGAAGUUAAUGGAAGGCUAUUAUUGACUCUAGGUGAAGAAGAGUUUUCAAAGCCUCCUUUCAACAUUGAGAGAGAGCUUCAUAGAAAAGCCAUACUCAUGGAAUUGGACAAUGUGAAAGCACUUGGAGUGAAACCCCCUCAGAAUUUAUGGGAAUACAAGGCAAUGCAUGUAGGCAAGUCACUGUUUCUGCUGUAUGCACUGAAGAGCUCUCCACGGCUGACCAUGCUGUAUCUCUACCUGUUUGAUUACUCAGAAAUAUUUCUGCCACUUAUUCACACCAUUUCUCCUGAGAAAACAGAGAUGACUGAGGAUGCAGAUAUUUUUCGCAAGUACUGGGUAAGAAGUACAGGUAUUUUGUUGCUUAAAUGA